AUGAUAAAAACUCAACUGAACAACGAUAAAAGUAAAAUCCAGCAAGAUCCAGGGAACUGGUUCAGAUCCAGGGAAUUGGUCCGGAUCCAGAGAACUGGUCCGGAUCCAGGGAACUGGUCCGGAUCUAGGGAACUGGUCAGGAUCCAGGAAACUGGUCCAGAUCCAGGGCACGGACCUAGAUCAGUAACAUACAGAAGAACAGUUCGGGGACUAAAUAGAGACUCUACAAAUAGAAAACUUGGAUACAAGGUUCGAACGAAGAUACCAGAAGAUACGAGGCUUCAAUCCUCUGUAAAAGUGAUGAAUAUUGAUCCAAGACCUAAGAGAGAUUUUCCGCUCAGGCAGAACAACAGCAAGAUAUCCUACCAGCUGUCGGUCGACCUAAGCCCUGAUGGUCAGAUUGAAGAUACCUGGACGGUUUAUGAUACAAAAACUCAUGAGGGGAACUCUCCAAUCUACAUUGCUCCAACGAAGAAUAAUGAGAACUACGACAACUAUCAAGGGAAUAGAGAUGACGAAUACUCUACCACAAAAAGAUAUGAAGAGAUGGAAAUAAUGAAGAAUCAAGAUACAUUUUCAAAUCCAGAGGAUGAUAGGGAACAGUACUCUUAUUAUUCGGAUGGCUAUGACUCCUACAAUAAUUCUCCCGGAUUUCAAGGAUACAAAGACGACUCCUACCAAACCUAUUCUGACAGUACAACAGCUGAUCAAUCCCGACUAGAAUACAACGCGGCAAAGCAAACCAAUAAUUAUUUCAACUCUCCACAAAUAUUCUCUGGACGGCCGAGCUACUCCAACUCCUUUACCUCCCUGGGUGGAGAUGCUGUUCAACCAAGUUCAAGCUCCGGGGUCCGGGAAACUGUGACCAGGGGAAGUGCGUACGAUCCCUUUUAUCCAGAUUUCAACUCAUUUGGUGCAAAAGCAGUAUCCAGAUCAGAUGAUGGAAUUAUUGAGCUGAGAGAUCGAUCUUAUUUCCCUCAUUACUUUCCACCACGUGGGAUUUAACAAUUAAUGAAUAAUUGCUUACUUUCCCCUAAUUCCAUAUUUAAAAAUAAUACAAUUUUUUUGUGUGUCAAAACUUCCAUUCCGGUCCUCAAAUUUCAAAAAAUAUAUAAAAUUUGAAGUUCAUACAAUUUAUAUUACUGUAACAACCUGUAGGCUGUACACUAGCUUGUAAGAUAAUUGUACUGUGCUGUUGUAGUUUGUAAGGGUUUUAUUGUUAAGUUUAAUUACUGCAAUGCCUACCCCCACUGGGCAUUGCAAUUAGAAAAUAUAUGCUUUUAUACUUCAAA